AUUCAUUGCAUUCAGAAAUGUUGCAGUAGCAUUGCAUUGCACCUAUGUUUUUCUGUGGACGACACCUAAUAUAUUUUAUUUAUAUUUUAUUUUCCAAUAUAUAUAAAAACCACUUUCUUUGUUACAUCACACAUUGACAUUAUUACAUUUCAUUUCAUUCAUUCCCCCAAUACACUCAAUUUAUUUCAAAGCUUCUUCCUUUUUCUUCUUAUUUUUUGGGGUUUUUUUUGUUGUAAAUGCUCUUGACCCUUUUCACUCUAUUUUGCUUCUCUUUGUUUUCCCUUUGUGAUUUUCAGCUGCUACUUGCUUUCUCUUUCUUGUUCUCAUGCCUGCCCUUGUCAAUUCCAGUGGUGAUGAUGAAAUGUAUCCUGGGGGUUCUAUGGAUUUGGGGGGUUGUUUGUACACUAUUAGCUCCAAUGUUGAUGUGUACUGCUCUCCUACAAAGCGAGCUCGAAUCAGUGCCCCAUUUACCUUCGGAGCUGUUGAGCAUAAGCAAGAUCAUAAGCCUAGUGUUGAGAUCCUUCCGGAUGAAUGUCUCUUCGAGAUAUUCAGACGGCUCCCAAGUGGCAAAGAGAGAAGCUCAUGUGCUUGUGUAUCCAAAAGGUGGCUUAUGCUUAUGAGCACUAUCAGCAAAUCUGAAAUUGAGAGGACUAAUUCAUCUGUUGAAGAAUCUGUCUCUUCAGAUGAGAAUGACGAAGAUGUUGAAGGUGAUGGGUACCUUUCAAGGUGUUUGGAAGGGAGGAAAGCCACUGAUGUAAGGCUUGCUGCUAUUGCUGUUGGGACUAGUGGCCGCGGAGGACUUGGAAAGUUGUCUAUCAGAGGAAGCAACUCAGAACGAGGCGUUACAAACCGUGGUCUCUCCGCAGUUGCUCAUGGCUGUCCUUCUCUCAGAUCGCUUUCUUUGUGGAAUGUGUCUUCCAUUGGAGAUAAAGGUCUGUCUGAGAUAGCAAAAGGAUGUCAUAUGUUGGAGAAGAUUGACUUGUGCCUUUGUCCGUCGAUCACCAACAAGGGUUUGAUUGCAAUAGCCGAAGGCUGCCCCAACUUGACCACCUUAAAUAUCGAAUCAUGCUCAAAGAUUGGAAAUGAGGGUUUGCAAGCUAUUGCGAAGUUAUGUCCUAAGUUACAGUCAAUCUCUAUCAAGGAUUGUUGUCUUGUGGGUGAUCAUGGAGUGUCUAGUCUGUUAUCAUUGGCUUCCAACUUGUCAAGGGUAAAGCUUCAGGCUUUGAAUAUUACAGAUUUUUCUCUGGCUGUUAUUGGCCAUUACGGGAAGGCAAUAACGAAUCUGGUCCUUAGCAGUCUCCGAAAUGUAAGUGAAAGAGGGUUUUGGGUCAUGGGCGUUGCUCAAGGUCUGCAGAAACUGGUGUCACUUACUGUUACUUCCUGCCGAGGGGUAACUGAUGUGAGCAUCGAAGCAAUAAGUAAAGGUUGCAUCAACCUGAAGCACAUGUGCCUUCGCAAGUGUUGCUUUGUAUCCGACAGUGGAUUGGUAGCAUUUGCCAAAGCUGCAGUAUCUCUGGAGAACUUACAGUUGGAGGAGUGUAACAGGUUCACCCAAUCUGGGAUAAUAGGGGCUCUUUCGAACAUCAAAACAAAGUUGAAAUCACUCACACUUGUGAAGUGUAUGGGAGUUAAAGAUAUUGAUGUGGAAGUAUCUACGUUUUCACCUUGCGAGUCUCUUCGAACUUUAACCAUUCAAAACUGCCCUGGUUUCGGUAGUGCUAGCUUGGCUAUGAUUGGGAAAUUGUGUCCCCAACUUCAGCAUGUUGAUCUGACCGGACUUUAUGGAAUAACAGAUGCAGGUCUUCUCCCUCUUUUGGAGAAUUGUGAGGCUGGACUUGUCAAGGUGAACCUUACGGGUUGCUGGAACUUGACAGAUCACAUAGUUUCAGCAUUGGCCAGGCUACACGGUGGAACUCUUGAAUUACUUAAUCUCGAUGGAUGCUGGAACAUCACAGAUGCAAGCUUGGCCGCCAUCGCAGACAACUGCCUACUGCUCAAUGAUCUGGAUGUGUCAAGGUGUGCAAUCACCGAUGCCGGUAUAGCCGUUCUCUCUAAUGCCAAUCACCUUAGCUUGCAGGUGCUUUCUUUGUCUGGCUGUUCCGAAGUAUCAAACAAGAGUUCACCUUUCCUGACAACAUUGGGCCAGACCUUGUUGGGAUUGAAUCUCCAAAACUGCAAUGCAAUCAGCAGCAACACAAUUGAGCUGCUCGUCGAGAACUUAUGGAGAUGCGAUAUUCUGGCUUAGUCGCAAUAGAAUGGAUAAAUCAGGAAAGGAUAUUAUAGAUUACAUACAUCGACCUAUAAUAACAAAACAACAGGUGGUAACAUUCAGCAUACAUUUUUUUGGUUGAUAUGCAUAUCAAGGGUGGAUUGGGCGGCGGUUUGUAGACUUAGUUGUUUUCCAGGGAACUUUGGUUUGUUUCUUGACUAGUCCCUUUUUUGCAAGCAUUUUUCAUACAAAAAUGCUUGUUUGUUACAACCCCUUUUGGCCUUAGCUUAUUGCAAGGCCACAUAUUUAUGGCUAUAGUUCCCUGAGAAUACAUUUACUAAGUCUUGGUUAAUGGUUUCCACUCUAGAUAGCACAUUGCUUAGGUUUUACUAUGUAGUGCUGGAUGUUCUAUUCUGUUUGUUUUGGCUUUAUUUUAUGCCUUUUAUCAUUUUAGUUUUAACAAUCAAGCGCGGCCAUGGCGCAUAAAGUCUGGAUUAAGCGUAAGUGUGGUUCUGUUGUUCAAUUCUAAGGCUUGGUUUUGGGUUGUUUCCUAUUAAAUCAUGUUCUUGAUUUUGUAGGCUUCUCUUGCUUAUGAAUUGUACUAAGAUGAUCACUUUGGUUAUUCUAUGAUAAUAAUAAUACAAUUUAUAGUUACAUUUA